ACGCGCCACCAACUCAGAAACCAUCAACGAAAACACCACCCACUACUCAAGGACCGGUUGCACCAGGAUCGUCAUACCCACUGUGUUCGUUGACAGGCAAUAAUAUGUUUGAAGACGAGUUGGCAACUAUCGCGUGCCGGUCUUUAGGGGGUGAACCUAUAGCUAACAUAGAGUGGAGCAAAGAUGGUGAAAAGUUUGAGCCAACACACACGUCCUUGUUUAUGAACGAAAUUGUGUCAUACAUAAGUCUGAAUCUAACAGAGGAUCUUCUCGGUGCUGUGUUCAUAUGCACCUCGAGUCACGUGUUGUAUGAAGAGCCAAAGACUUGCCAAGUCGGACCAUUAGAAUUUGAAUUGAAACAAUUUAUUGUGGAGAUCGAACCAGCUGUACUGAAUGCACGCCCAGGUGACGAAGGAAUGUUUGAGUGCAUUGUUGACAGCCAUUAUCCCGUCUUAGACUACGUUUGGCGAUUCGAAGGCGAGGAGAUCAACGAAACCGAUAAUCGAUUUAAAUUUGAUAAAAACAAUACUAUACUGCACGUACUGAACAUAACCAAAGAUAUGGACGAAUCGGAGGUUACGUGUGAAGUAACGAAUACACAUGAAAAUGAAUCCGCGUCUGCAAUAAUCAGAUUUGGCGGACACCAUAGAGGAUUGGACGCUCUUUCAGUCGCAAUAAUCGCUGCCAUAAUGACCUUUGUAUUUAUAAUGAUCAUUCUUGUCCUCAUACUGUUUUAUUUUUUCUGGUGGAAGAAGAGGAAAGAAAAAGAAAUACCAUCCAAUCAACCAGUUGUAGAAGACGGGAGUUCAGAGGUCAGAAAGAGUACUGAUAGUAAUCUGGAUGGUACUAUAUCGCCCAAAAGCGGACAGGCCAACCCUGCUUACGUGAUAGAGAGUGACAUUCCACUCGAAAAGAACGGAAAGCUACCGGCGAUUAGAAGUCACACACCCGUAGGUGGAAGACCUAACACUGCGGAUAUUACUUACCACCGAAGUGAACAUAAACAUUCUCAUCGACGCCAUAAGAAGCACAAGAGAAAGAGGAUCAGGCCAACAGAACCCAAGAGUCCUCGCUCAUAUGACAAUGGGAAACCCCGUGUACUGGACCAUUUUGUUGUAAACAGCGUAGAUCAGGAAACUCUAUUGGAAAAGUCUACGAAACUGGACGAGAUAGUCCCCAAAACCACGUGUACGAGACGCCUUUGGAUGCACAAGCUGAGACACACACUCCGAGCAGGGGACGCGAACGGUCGCGCAAGGAAGUUGAGGAGGACAAUUUACGGCCUCGUUCGCCAACCCCAGAAAGUCACCGACCGAGAACUGGUGAACGAAGACAUAGACACCGUAGAUCAGUGGAUGAAAUCGACGACCGUGCAAGGGAGUCAUCCGAGAGAAGAAAUCGUCACCGCCGUCGCCGCCGCCACCACGAUGAAUCCGAAGAUGAAACGAGAAAGUCCGGAGAACGCCGAAAGCGGCCGAAGUCCAGUCACCGUAGGAGUUCUUCGCCUGAAAAUAGCGAUAUAGGUUUACGGAAACCUAAAAAAAUGCCUCCCAUUAAUAGCGGAAAAGCAGAACUUGAAAUGAAAGUACACAGAACAGAAGAGUCAGACAUCGGUACAACUGAACACGACGACGACACGAAAGAAGUACGGAAAUCACACAGCAAACCACGUCGACAUCACAGAUCACGUGAAUCACAUGAAAGACGGAGCAGUUCAUCACGUGACCGACACAGGUCAUCCAUACAAGAUAAUUCAUCUGACCAUAAUUCUUAAAUUGCAGUUUCGAACAUUUGUGUAUUCUGGGGUUUUUUGAAUACCGAACAUGAAAUUAGUUUGCAAAGUAACAGUGUACAUGACGUCAUUUGAAUAUCUCAGUUCGUGUACUUAAAAUGCUUAUACAUUAGGAGCGCCAUUUAAUGUUAUUGAUAUGUAGUGGCAUUCUUCUUAAAUUUAUAUACUUAAUGUACACAUCGUUUAAUUUCAAUAUUUCGCAUCGUCCCACUGUCUAUGAUUUUCGAUCUUCGAUAUUCAGUCGCGCAAAUGCAAAUAUGCAUGUAUGUACGCACAAACAAGUCCGUUGCGAGUCCUGGCUUCUGACAACAACCAGUACUAACUAAGGAUCUAGCUCAAAACCGGAACGUUUCCGUCAGGGCAGGGGACUACAUUAAA